AUGAGCUCAUCCGCACUUUUACGGCCUGCGGUUCUGAUCGUCUCCGACACCGCGGCCGCCGACCCGUCGACCGACAGGGCGUUUCCCGCUCUCAGGCAGACGUUUGCGCAAGACGGAGCCGGGAAAUGGGCCGAACCCGUCGUGGAGAUUGUGAGAGAUGACAUCCUCGAGAUUCAGCGGGUCGUCCGGUCAUGGACAGACGGCGAGUCGUCGUCGUCGACGACGACGCCCGGCACCGGCCCGGUCAACUUGGUGGUCACGACGGGCGGGACUGGAUUCGCUCGACGAGAUUUCACGCCCGAGGCAAUAUCGCCCCUCAUCCACCGCCACGCGCCCGGGAUCGUCCACGGCAUGCUCGCGGCCAGCUUCCAGGUGACGCCGUUCGCCAUCAUGUCCAGACCGGUCGCGGGGGUGCGGAACAAGACCAUCAUCGUCACGCUCCCCGGGUCGCCGAAGGGGGCAAAGGAGAACCUUGAAGCUAUUCUGAAGCUGUUGCCGCACGCGUGUCUUCAAGCCGCCGGUGAGGAUUCGCGAAGCGCUCACGCGGGAGGUGUCAAGAAACUGGAAAAGGACGCGGGCGUGUCGGGUUCAACUGCUAAUACUACCACCACCACUACUACUCCCGCGGCGACAAAUGCAUCGUCGGGACACGACCACUCGCACUCUCAUCAUCACGACCAUGAUCACAGCCACGGCCACGGCCACGGCCAUGGCCACGGUGGCCACGCAAUACCAAAAGCACAUACUGAUCCAUCUAAUCGGCCGCCGCAGUCGAACGACAUGCUUCUCGGCACCGCGGCACGAGCUCGAUCGUCGCCAUAUCCCAUGCUGAGCGUGUCUGAUGCCGUCGCCACAAUCUUCGAAAACUCCCCUGCUCCCAUCGUGGAAGUGCGCGACCUCUCACCGGACCUCACCGGGUAUGUGGUUGCCGAGGACAUUCGCGCCGUGGAAGCGGUGCCAGCGUACUCGGCCAGCAUCGUGGACGGAUACGCGGUGAUGGUUCGCGACGCAAAGGCCACGUCGGCGGCACACCGGGACGCACCUUCGACCAAGGGUGUUUUCCCCGUGGCGUCGGUGUCGCACGCGCAGGCGUCGUCGAUGCCUCCACCGCUGCAACCGGGCCAGGUGGCGCGGAUCACGACGGGCGCACCGGUGCCCGCCAACGCCAACGCGGUCGUCAUGGUCGAAGACACGGUGAUCGCGAGUCUGACGGACGACAAGACGGAAGAAGCAACGGUGGAGAUCCUGACGGACGCGGUGACGGCCGGGGAAAAUAUCCGAGAGCCCGGAAGCGACAUCAAGCUCGACGAGGUGGUGGUCACGAAAGGGACGCGCAUCAGCGCGCUGGGCGGCGAAAUCGGCGUCCUCGCCGCGGCGGGCGUCAGGAAGGUCCCCGUGUACCGCAAGCCGGUCGUCGGGAUCAUGAGCACCGGCGACGAGGUGACCGACGUCGCGUACGAGGGGACCCUGACGGGCGGCAUGAUCCGCGACUCGAACCGCCCGUCUCUCCUGACGCUGCUGAGGGGGUGGGACCUGUGCGAGCGGGUCGUCGACCUGGGCGUCGCGAGGGACACGCCGCACCACGAGCUGGAGCAGAAGAUCCGCGACGGGUUCCGCGCGCACGGCGUCGACAUCGUCGUCACGACCGGCGGCGUGAGCAUGGGCGAGCUGGACCUGCUGAAACCCACCGUCGAGCGCAGCCUGGGCGGCCAGGUCCACUUUGGCCGCGUCAGCAUGAAGCCCGGGAAGCCGACGACGUUCGCCAGCGUGCCGUUCAAGCUGGGCUCGUCGGGCGAGAGGGACCGCCGGCUGGUCUUCGGGCUGCCGGGAAACCCGGCGAGCGCGCUGGUCACGGCGAACCUGUUCCUGUUGCCCUGCGUGCAGAGGAUGGCGGGGCUGAGCGGCAAGGGUCUCGAGAGGGUCGUGGUCAAGGUCCAGGGGAGGGUGAGGUGUGACGCGGCGCGCACCGAGUACCACCGUGUCGUGGUCGGCGUGGCCGAGGGCCGUGACGGCGGGAGCUUGACCUUGGUCGCGAAGAGCACCGGGAUGCAGAGAAGUAGUCGCGUCGGAAGCCUUGCUCGGGCCAAUGCCCUGUUGGUGUUGCCGCAGAGAGAAGGAUGGAUUGAGGACGGUGGGGACUGUGAGGCUUUGAUGAUGGGUAUGAUUCACGGCAUUUGA